GGAUACCUGUCAAGCAUUGAUAUAUGUUCUUCGCGACUAUAUUAAGAUGCCAACUGCAGCAGAAGAAUGGAAAAGUGUUGCCUAUGAUUUUCAAAUACAACACAAUUUUUACAACUGUGUCGGCGCAAUCGACGGCAAGCAUAUAAAAAUAAGGCAUCCACAUGGUUCAGGAGCCCUAUAUUUUAAUUACAAAGGAACCUAUAGUAUUGUCCUUAUGGCUAUUGCAAAUGCCAAGAAAGAGUUUAUUAUGGUUGAUAUUGGAUGCAAUGGCCGAGUAUCAGAUGGUGGUGUCAUUUUUACACAAAAUUCUGGGAAAUUUUACAACAAGGUCGUUUAAAUUUGCCAGAACCGUCUCCACUACCUAAUAUGUUACAUUAGAGCCAUAUCCAUACGUCUUUUUAGGGGACGAAGCCUUCGCGUUAGGUCCUAAUUUAAUGAAACCAUAUCCACAAAAAACAGCGACAAAGGAAGUACAGAUAUAUAACCAACGAUUGUCAAAAGCUAGGUGUGUGGUUGAAUGUGCUUUUGGAAUCCUUGUUACCAAGUUUGGAGUUUUUCAUAAAGCUAUUAGUCUCUGUCCAGAGAAAGCUACAAAAGUGACAGCUGCAUGCUGCUACCUGCACAAUUACUUGCUAAAAAAAGAUCCACAAAUGUAUGCAUCAUCAAGUUCUAAUAGCGACGAUUUUGAUUUAAUGGCAAUGCAGCGCAGUAUGUUCCGGAACUCAGCCAAGUACGCCAAGACUAUAAGAGACAAGUUUUGUAUAUAUUAUAAUAAUGAGAUGAAAAUUGUAAAUACUCAAUUAUGAACUUGUAAUAAAGUAGUUACCC